AUGGAUAAUGGGCAGAGGCAAACCAAACACUUGAACAACAACAUCAAGAACAAUGUGGUGCAGUUUCUACUCAAGCACAACCAUGAUGGAGUGCUUGCAAGAGGGGCUGUAAUGGAGGCAGCAGAGACAUUUGAGGUCAAUAGGAAGACCGUGUACAGGCUAUGGAAGGCAGCCAAGGAGCAGAUGCAAAGGGGAGAACCCGCAAGCAUGGAAGGAAAGAUUAAAGGAUACCAUCAUGCUGACAUAUUACAACUUGAUGAAGAAAAGGUUAGAAACUUAUCUACUCUUGAGAGAGCUUCAUUGAGAAAAAUGGCUGUCAAAUUGAAUGUUAGCAAGAGCACAGUAGGUCAGUGGGUGAAGGAAGGUAAAUUAAGGCCACAUACAAAUGCAAUCAAACCUGCCCUCACCAAUAUGAAUAAGCUAGCAAGAGUUAGAUGGAGUCUUAGUCAACUUCAGCCACAAAUUACUCAAGGUAGAGUUCAAUAUCAGAGCAUGCAUAAUGUAGUGCAUAUAGAUGAAAAAUGGUUCUAUAUGACCAAGGCAUCAGACAGGACAAAGACUCCGGACAGAUUAAUCACCAAAGUUAUGUUUAUGUAUGCUGUCAGUAGACCACAUUUUGGUAUGGAUGGGCAAGCAACUUAUGAUGGUAAGGUGAGAAUAUUUCCCUUCACUGAAGUACUGCCAGCACAGAGGAAGUCAAAGAACAGGCCCAGAGGGACCAUGGAAACCAAGCCAAUACAUUCAGUCACAAAGGUAGUGAUGAGAGACUGCCUUAUCAACAAGAUUAUACCUGCAAUUAAGGCCAAGUGGCCAAUUUGGGCAAGCAAAGACAUCUACAUUUAG